UUCUUCUUAACAUAAACCCCUCUCCGCGACACCUCCGCGUAGACACCCACUGUCUCCUCCGUCGCUUCGCUCCGGGCCGCCAGUUACUCCGACGCUCCUGCACGCCCCCUUCCUCACAGUUUUGGGCCCCACCUUUGGACUACCACUUCACACUUCUCUGGAAAUCAUGAGAGAAAUCGUGACAAUCCAAGUGGGAGGUUUUGCUAACUUCAUUGGCUCUCAUUUCUGGAACUUCCAGGAUGAGUUACUUGGGCUGGCUUCUGACCCUGAAGGGGAUUCAGUCUUCAAAAAUCAGUGUCUGAAUAUGGACGUGCUCUACCGCACCGGCGAGACUCAUCAGGGGAUUCUUACAUAUACUCCUCGCCUAGUUUCGGUUGACUUUCAAGGAUCCCUUGGAUCAGUCAGUUCAUGUGGUACAUUGUACAAUGAGGCUUCCUCUGUGCCUUCAGAUGUUGUGACAUGGAAGGGUAGUGUUUCCACUCAAGUGUCUGAGCCUCAUAAGAAGAAUCUGUUCUUACAAAGUUUGUACAAGGAAGAGCAGGAAAACCUCACAGUGAUGAAUGCUGCGAAGGAUAAGAGGAAUGAUUUUCAAAGAGAAAUUGAGGAUAAGGAUAUGGUUGAAUGCUUAGAUAAUGGUGUCCAAUAUUGGACAGACUUCUCAAAAGUCCACUAUCAUCCUCAGAGUCUCUAUGAAUUAAGUGGAUUAUGGAUGGAUGUUCAGGAAUUUGACAAUUACGGAAUUGGAAGGGAUGCUUCCUCUGGAAGUUUUCGAGAAGACACAUGUGAAAGGCUUCGUUUUUUUGUAGAAGAGUGUGACCAUGUCCAGGGUUUUCAAUUUAUUGUUGAUGACUCUGGAGGUUUUUCAGCUGUAGCUGCUGACUUUUUGGAGAAUAUUGCUGAUGAGUACACUAACACUCCAGUGUUGCUCUAUGCUGCCCGCAGUCCCACCUCUUAUACGAAUCUUAGAAGCAGGAAGCAAACAGUGUUCAGGGACCUUCAUGAUUCAGUUUCAUUUUCAAGAUUAGUGCCCUACUGUAAAUUGAUUGUGCCAGUUGGUUUACCCUCCUUGAGUACAAGCAAAGCUACGACAUUCCUUCAUAUUGAAGAUGAGAAGCCUUACCACUGUAGUGCAGUUUAUGCUGCAGCUCUACACUCUGCCAGUCUUCCUUUACGGAUGGAGUCAGUUGGGCCAUUUGCGGAUUCAUGUGCUGUCUCUGGUGCUGUGGAUGUUAAUGAAUUUGUACAAAUGUUAGCUGGGCAAGCUAGGCAGAAUAUGGUGUCUAUUCUGGAUGUUUCAAUGCCAGCACCACCAUUGACUCGGAAACAGGGUGAGCAAUCCUUGAUCGGGAGUUUGCAGCCUUUGACACCAGAAGUGGCAGAUGAUGUGGACGACUCUCAGGCCGUGGAAUCCAUGAUUGUUCAUGGAGCACUUGGUUCCGAUGGUUAUCAUGCUUCAGUUUCUGCAGUGAAGGAUUCAGUUAAUGCCGUUUAUGAACAUGCAAUAAGUAGACCAAUGUUUUGCCAUCUAUCAGUUGCUCAAUGUCCACUUCCCAUUCCCUUGCCAUUUCCUUCAAUUUUCGGGAAUCUUGUUGGUCAACAUGGUGAGCUGUUGAACAGCCCAAUUUUGGGGUCUACAUUGAGAGGAUCACUCGAUGUUCAUUCUAUACCAAUGGCUGCCAGAUUGCGAUCAAGCAACUCCAUUUUGCCAUUUCUGCAAAAUAGAUUGGGGAAUCUUCGGAAAUUUGGAAUAAAGCGUGGAGCUCUCGGGGCUGAGCUGCUUAGAAGUUGGGGUUUCGGGACAGAUGAAAUCCAGGACAUGGGAGAGACGCUGUCAAAAAUGGUUGCGGCAUUAGUUCCCGAAUCUGAAUUGUCCUCUGACUCAGAUUAAGUUAAGAGUUAACACGACGGUGUCAAACCUUCUCAAUCAGUUUAUUACCCAUUGAGCAACUCUUUAUACAUUGAACUGAUGGUUUAUCCCGGAUCACCAUUCUCUUUCUGGUACAAGAGAAUGUUUUCAUGUAGCUCUUACCUUUCGGGAUAAUUCGUGUGAAAUUCGGUAACAAUUCCAAUUAUAUUCAAAGUAGAUGAAAAUUGAAAAAUA